ACCAACAAUCGACAUUUCGGACCUUCCGCUCAUCACAUCCUGGUUUUGUAUGUUGUAUUUAUUUCUCAAGCGACAAAACCAUCAAGGACCUGCUUCAACAUGUCUGGGUUCGAGGAAUGGCGAGCCUCGCUCAGCCCACUCGUUGUCGACGUUGUCGGCGACUUUGCUGGCAGGGGCGUGUUUGCUAUCCAUGGAGAGGCGCUUCUCACCCAUUGCUUAAGCAAUGCACGGGUUGAUUUCGACUACGGCUUCCAACUCCUGCAUCUCGUCCAUGCUGCUGAGGCGUUCCUCGUCAAGCUAAGGGACCGAGGAUGCAUGUUCAACCUCUUCUGGUUUGAGAACGAGGCCGACGCCUGUAUGCCCACCGAAAUACGGACCGACAGCUCGCGUGCCAGCAAAUACCGUCUUGCUCGCGCCGUGCUCAUUCAGCAUUUCUCCAGCCCGACCAGCCUCGGAGAGCCCAACGCAGCAAGGUUCAGCUAUGUGUUCCCAAACUUCGAGAGCCGCCUUUUCCGCGAAUACCUCGACAGUCAUACCCUGCACUUCUUCCUCGGGUCCAAGGCCCAUGAUGAAUCGUCAGACGUUGACAAGCAUACCCCACUGGAAAUGCUGUAUCUGAUAGCCUCGGCUGGAUACUGCGUGGCAUUCUUUGAAGGGGUCGAGUUCAAGAGUUCAAAGGCAUACCUUUCCUUGACAACACCGAGAGGGAACGUCACACCUCUACCCGAGCGCGGAGAACACUUUGAGAUCCCUUCUAGCCCCUCACCUCGUAUGGCGGAGAUGAUGAAGAGGGCUGCCGAAUCAGAGAUUGCUGAUGAGCUGACCGCGAGGGAGUUCAUCUCCGUCUGUGCGCUCGCCACUGUGGUUUCUUCCAUCGUCCAAGAAACUGGAGUAAUUGAGGUGCCGCAGCAACGAGAAGCUGCCAGUGUUCUGCUUCAUCUUGUUAUGCUACGACAUUGUGGUCUUCCGCAACGAAGCUUCGCCAAGCAAGAAUCCGGUGCCAUCGCAACAACCAACACCGAGUUUCUUGCCGAGUUCUUUCAAGCCGCCCGAGAUGGACUCACCGCCUGGUUCGAGGGAAGCCUUGUAAACUUGCAAUGGGACGCUUUCGACCUUUUCGAUGGCCGCCUUUACCUCAACGUCUCUGCGGCGCUGUUUGGUACCCCGUUGCCACAAGAGCUCUCUCAGGGCUUCAGCCAGAUGGUGAAGCUUCUUAGAGUUUUGGUCUCGAGCCGUGUUGAUAUCGACGCCUUGUUCAGCGCCUCGGCGAGCAGUAUUGACCAGACUUCCCAAAGCCGGGACACUUCGCAGGAGCCAUUGUCUACCGUGCUUCCUUUCAGCCACCCCAUCAUGGAUCAGCUUCUAGCGAAUGUCCAACUUCAGUCGACUGGGGUCACGUCCGACUCUGCGGUUUCGGAGAAGAUAUUCGAAGAACUGGCCCAUUGGCAUAACGCUAAGGCACCGCUUGACCCGAAGCACGUUGCCAAACCCAAGGGAUUCUUCGCUAAAAAGAGGCAUCAAGAGUUCAUGUCGGACACGAUCGCCUACUCAGCUAGCCUGACGGGCGCCUCUGGGAAAAACAUCGACCCGGAAACCGUUAUCGUCCAGGAUUCGACGGCGAACCCCAAGACCUCGGCGACAGGACCUCACAGCACCAAGAAACCCGAAAAGACAGCGAAGACGAAGGGAGCUCCCAAGACCAAUAAGCAAAAGGCGCACGAGAAAGCAGAAGCUCUGAUGCUAGAGAAACAAGUUGUGGUAUCUCGGUCGGUUGUUGCUAGUUGGAAAGAACGGUGUCUGGAAUUCGCAAAAGAACCGUCCUUGGUCAAGCGGUAUCUGAGAGCUGAGAAGUAUUUCUUUGCUUUGUCGUCCUCUCACAGGCAGUUUGUUGGCGCUGAGGUGCUCCUGUAUCUUGGUGAUGUGUUGCUGCAGAUGCAGAGCAGCCCGGAAAUUCCGAAAUCCGCUGUUCCCGCCCUGCUCGCCAUGGUUUGGUCGAAAUGUAAUGAUGCCAGCAAGUUGCCGCUCACUGAGGAUGUCGCUUCUCAGCUUCGGGCGAUACACGAGUCUCUGGAGAUCGAAUUUCGACCUGAUGCUGCUUUGUCUGUCGCAACGCGCCAACUUCCGGCUUUCAAGCCGCUUUCACUCAAGGGAAAGAAGUUACUACCGUCGGGCGCCACUUCACGCGAGUUCUUGCUUGAACAUUGCGGACCGUACCUGGAACGGAGUUUCGACUCUGCGCCAGAUCCCCGCGUUCCAUCUUUCCACCCUGAUGCCUGGCAACGCAAGGUCCUCGACGCCAUCGAUGCCAACAAGAGCGUGCUCGCCGUGGCGCCGACCUCAGCGGGAAAGACAUUCAUCUCUUUCUACGCGAUGAAGAAGGUCCUGCAAGCGAACGACGAUGAUAUCCUGGUUUACGUGGCACCCACCAAGGCACUUGUCAACCAGAUCGCCGCUGAGAUCCAGGCGCGCUUUUCCAAGCAGUACGGCAAUCGGGAAGGCCGGUCUGUAUGGGCGAUCCACACGAGGGAUUACCGUGUCAACAGCCACAAGGGAUGCCAGAUUCUGGUGACGGUGCCCUCGAUUCUGCAGAUCCUGUUGCUGGCGCCCGUAAACGCCAAGAAGCCUACGGACUUUUCGCGUCGGAUCAAGCGUAUCAUCUUUGACGAGGUGCACUGUAUCGGGCAGUCGGACGAGGGCGUAAUCUGGGAGCAGCUCCUGCUACUUGCGCCGUGCCCGAUCAUCGCUCUUUCGGCGACCAUCGCAAACGUGGAUGAGUUCCGGUCUUGGAUGGAGCAGUCCCAGAACCUCAAGGGGUUCGAGCUCGAGAUGAUCGUACAUUCGUCGAGAUAUUCGGAUCUCCGCAAGUUCAUCCACGACCCGGCACCAUCACUCUCCGAAUUUACCGGUCUUGCCCCGGUCGAGCGGCUGCCUUACCCGGGACUCGACUCUGAGCUGACGGAAAGUGACCCAACACCGUUCCUGUUUGUUCACCCCAUCGCGGGCCUCGUUGACAGGAACCGGGAUACACUGAGCGACGCCAGCCUGGAGCCAAAAGACUGCUUGAGCCUUUGGAGGUGCAUGAAGAAACAUGCAAACGCCGAAUACAAAAUGCCCCCGUCCCUGGACCCAGAGGAUGCGUUGCCAGAAGUUGUUCGGAAAGCCGACGUCGUUCGAUGGGAGACGGCACUCAAGGACCAUCUUGCCGAAUGGAUGCUCGAUUCCAAGUCCCCGUUCGAUGCCGUGCAAGAGGAACUGCGCGGCCACCGGUACUCGCGCUUGGUCAAGUCGUAUACGGAACUGGGCUCCUCGGACAGCGGCGACGCUCCUGUCGAUACCGCGGAGAAAUGGCCUUUGGUAUCGACCCGUUCUGUCUUCUCCCUGGUGACCGACCUGCGCUCGAGUGGGGCACUGCCAGCCAUACUAUUCAACUACGACCGCAUGCAGUGUGAAGCGAUUGGCACUGAGCUCUUUGAUGUUCUGACAAGGGCGGAAACAAAAUACCGGUCGACAAAUUCAGCUUGGAUCGCCAAACUGGCCGCGUUUGAAUCCUGGAAAAAGGCCCAGGAGGCCGGUAAAGCGAAGAACCCGAAGAAGGCGAGUACUAAGCGUCGUGAAGAUGAUGGAGAUGAUCAGGGAAAAGCCAACUCGGCACGCGACGCGGCAAAUCGUGAUGUUAGCAAGUGGGAGAGUUUUGAUCCCAACGCGCCACUCGCCCAGUUCAGCUUUGCGGACAAUACCAAGAUCACGAAAGAGGAGCUGGAGGGACGACUCCGGACCAUACGUGCCGACUCCGUCCGGCAGCCCUUCAUUGACGCGUUGCGCCGCGGUGUGGGUGUGCAUCACGCCGGUAUGAAUCGACAAUAUCGCCAAGUGGUUGAGAUGCUUUUCCGAAAGGGUUACCUCACGGUCGUCGUCGCAACGGGGACGCUGGCCAUGGGUAUCAACAUGCCCUGCAAGACGGUCAUCUUCACAGGGGAUUCCAUCUUUCUAACGGCUCUCAACUACCGGCAGGCUUCUGGACGUGCAGGCCGGCGUGGGUUCGACAUGCUCGGUAAUGUUGUCUUUCACGACAUGCCCCCGCACCGCGCGCUCGAAGUUAUGUCCGCGAAACUUCCCGACCUGCGCGGCCAGUUCCCGGCUUCGGUCACGCUAAUUUUGCGCUUGUUCAUCCUGCUCCACGGGACGAAUAACUCGAGUUUUGCUGCUGACGCGGUCAAGUCCCUGAUUACACAAAAUAGGCUCUACCUUGGAGGUCCGCAGGCCAAGAUGUCCAUUGCCCACCAUCUGCGUUUCUCCAUUGACUACCUCCGGCGUCAGAACAUGCUCUCUGAAACCGGCGUGCCGCUCAACUUCGCGGGACUGGUAGGCCACCUGUACUACACCGAAUCCGGCGCCUUCGCCUUUCACACCAUGCUACGGGGGGGCUAUUUCCACGAGGUCUGCGCCGGCUUCUCCCCGGAUAUGGGCCUGGCCAAAUGGCGGGACAUAGCCUUCGAACUGGUCCUGACGCUUAGCCACCUCUUCGCCCGCAUACCAUACACCCGCCCCCGGCAAUCCAAGACCUCCCGCAGGACUGUCCUUCCCCCGCUACCCCAGAGGGCGCACGAGCUCCUCGCCCGUCACAACGUGGAAACCCUGUCUAUCUUCCGCGGCUACGUUCACUCCUACGUAACCCAACACCUCUCCAGCACGCCAGACACCACCCUCCCACUGACCCAGCACACCAUCUCGGCGAGCACGACCGCCCUGACAACAACGGGCCUUCCUUCCCCGCUGCCCCACUUGCCCCCCGUGACCAUCCGCUCCCCAUUCACCGCCCUCUCUGGCUUCGGCGACACCGACUUCGCCACCACGGCCGAGCUGUGCGAGACGGUGCGUGCAGGUGUCCCCCUGGAGGGGAGCGUCGUGCCAGGGGCGCCUGUUAACGACGGCACUGCCGAGUUCAACUCGUACCUGCUCGACUUCUUCAAGAACGGCGACGCGGAGGCGCUGAAGCGCGACAACCGCGUCGCGGCUGGCGAUCUGUGGUUCCGGCUCAAGGACUUCUCGCUGGUGCUCGCUACUAUCGGGGCCAGUUUGGAAGGGUUCCUUGGCGCUGGGGGUGGGGAUGGGGACUUGGCGGAUAUGGAGGGCGGUCCGGAGGAGGGGGAUGGUGGUUGGCAGGAAGGGGCUGACGCGGGAGCGGCAGGUGGUCUUUCGACGUUGGUGGUGGGUGCGGGGAAGAAGAAGGCGCCGGGCGAGGGUGAGAAGAAGAAGAAGAAGAAGGUGGUGGUGGAUUCGUGGGAGGAUGAGGAGGUGUCCUCGAGCUCGGAGUCGGAGGCGGAGUCGGAGAAGGCUUGGAGUGAUGAGACGGAACAGACUGGGACUGCUCUGACGCGGGGUAGUAAUCCGGAUGCCCCGUCGCUUGUCAAGGUCUAUCUGGCGUUCAAGAGGGUUCAGGUCGAGUUCGAUGACCUGUUCUACAAGAUGUGGGCUUGAGAAAAGACGGAUGGGGAAGAGUUCAUGUGUGGGUAUUGGUGUUGGGACUUUGCGGUUGCUUUACUUAGUGUAGGUAUUUCUCACGAUCGUUAACUAAAAGGAAGGAGGCCAAACUCUCUCCUCUCACGAGAUUUUCGGCCAGUGGGAGGUUUGCUAGGUUGGUUG